AUGUCAGCCUCCCUGACAUCCUCAGACUUUGAAACCCCACGAGGGUUAUCGGUUCCCACUCUGUUGCAAAAUUCACAAUUCAACAACAGGAGCGCAGGACCUCAGAUUCAAAGUCAAUUCGGAAAAGGCUCCGAUGGACAAGUGAUCUUUGCUUCGAGACAAGAUCGGAACGAUAAGCGUGCUGACGAUAACCUUGGUGGGCCGAAUGUCAUGCUACGAGCAGGCUUGGCUCAGGAUGUCAAGAUGACUGCAGUAGAUGGCACUUGGGGCACUAACAAUAUCAACUCGUUCCAGAUUGUUGACAAGGUUCUUUCUCCUCCCAGAUCUUGCUCCAACACUGUCCACACUAUUAAAGAUACGCGACUUGUUGCUCUGAAUGUCGCUUUGGUUAAAGCAGGUCUUUGGCCCGCUCUGGACGCCUCCCGGAAUGUUACGUGUCUGGCUCCAUCAACCCAAGCUUUCAAAAAUGCAGGAAGCCCAGACGUUAAACUCUCCAAGCAAGACUUGGCUGGAGCGUUGCUGGCUCACACAUUGAACGAAGUUACUUAUUCCAACUAUCUUCGAGAUGGCCAGGUCGUUGGGACUCUGAACAACACCGAAGUUCGGUCUUGA